CGCGUUUUCUGGAUCUUUCGGUACUAGUCAUGGACGAGGACAAGCCUGUCAAACUCAAUACAAUUCCUGUUACACUUCUUAAAAGAAGAAAAAGGGUUAGCCGGGAUAUAAUCAAACAACAGCGCCUGCGUUCUGAGGAGUUGCGUAAACGUGCCCGAAAACGCAGAAGUCUUAUCCAACCACCGAUCCGUUUUAUAAAGACUGGUCUCAGACGGUCAUACGAUGAGUUACGCUUGCAGCGGAUUGCUAAACGCAAAUCUCCGCUUUCAACAUCUGAUCAACCAAGACUGGGUGUUGUCAUUCGGUUAAAGGACGAUGAAGAGCAACUUGCGGAUGUUUGUAAGGAUGUAUUCCGAUUACUUCGUCUUGACACACGCAAUCAAGCUGUUUUUAUUAAAAUUACAAAGGCUACUCUUAGUUUGUUGAAUAUUGUUUCACCUUAUGUGGUAUGGGGUUAUCCGUCCCUGCAAGUGGUACGCGAUAUGGUUAUGAAGCGUGGGCGUACUAUGCUUGGUAGACACAAACAUUCAAUCGACAACAAAAUAAUUGAAGAGAAACUAGGUCACUGUGGGAUUUUGUGCAUAGAGGACAUUAUCCACGAACUUGUAACUAUUGGUUCAAACUUCAUGGCCGUUCAGCGCUUUUUAUGUCCAUUCAAACUUAUGUCAUCCAGUCGUGAUUGGAUGUCAGGUUCACGGCGCUGUCACGCUCGUGUUGAUUCUCUAACAGGGUUUCGAGAAGAACAAUUAAAUGAAAUGAUUCGUAGAAUGAUAUGA